AUGUAUAUAGAAGCAUCCAGUCCACGAAAACGAGAAGAUAAUGCAAAAUUGUACAGUCCUCCACUGACAUUCCCAGGGCACCUGUGUCUUGAAUUCUAUUACCAUAUGUCUGGUGCAGCUAUUGGAAGCCUGAAAGUCACCAUAAAUGAAAAAGUAGUGUUCUCUAGAAGCGGCGAUAGAGAAGACAAGUGGUAUAAAGCCAGUAUAAAUGUAUCAGCUAUUGUGGGAUGGCAUAGGGUAAUAAGCUUUAUUUUUUUACCUCUCUUAAUCUAACUGAGCCAAGAUCCUCAACGAUGUGAAAACGGUGUCCACUGAAGGUAGUAAUAGUUAAGAGGAAGUUAAAUAGACACUAGGAAUAUCUGAUCAUAUCUUUUGUAAUAAUUUUAUUUCGGUUUUGAAGUCUAAGAAUGUUCCGAAUCUUACUUUUUUGUUCUUGUCAGUUAAAAAGAAGGUGAAAUAGUUGACUCGAUCGAUCGACUGCCAGCUACUAUUAUUAGACUGCAUCUUCAGCUGCAUCUUACCAUUAGCUUAAAUUUGACACUGUUAAGUAUAUAUAUCAUUCGAUAAUAACAUUUGUCACUACAGUCGAACCUCUUUAAUACGGACACCGGCGGACAGAGCGAAUUGUCCGUAUUAGGGAGGUGUCCGUAUGCAAAAGGCCAUUACGAUGACGUCACUUUUAUGACUGCACUUACAGUUUAAGUGAUCAGUAGUAGUCAUUUAAGUUAAUUAAUUAACAAUUCCCAAUACAAAGACUCUGUCUUUCAGUAGCAUUCAACUUUGUACAUAUCAACUACGUACGUACAGUCGUAGACAAAUCACUGUUUUAAAACGAAACGAGCUACAGCGCAAUGCUACAUUUAAAAAGUUGUAACGUAAAGCACAAUUCUGAAAGAGUCCGUUCGCUAUUUUGUAAGUGCAGUAAACAGUAACUAUAUUGUACAAAUGUAAUAGAAAAGAUCUUUAUGCUAUCUGUAGUUAUUCAAGAUUUAAAAAAGUCGGUUACGUUCCUCUGUACAACUUUUGCAAAUCGUUGUUUGAUAUACAGCGACUGGGCUUUUGAAGUCACCUUGCAUAGCUUAUCAGCCAGACGGGAUUCACCCUUUGCAGAUUCACCUGAUCGGGAUUCGGGAUUCACCUGAUCAGCGCAGUGUCCGUAAUAAAGAGGUUAAGUUUAUAUGGAUUUUUUCUCUUGGGCCGAGAUUUAGUGUCCGUUGUCCGUAUUAGAGAGAGUCCGUAUUAUAGAGUUUUUUUUUUUAAAGAAAAUAUAAAAGAAUUUUUUCGGGACAUUGGAAACUGUCCGUAAUACAGAGGUGUCCGUACCGCGCGGUUUCACUGUAAUUUCAGUACAACAUACUUUCUCUUCAAGUCAUGAACAGCGGCGCUUUCGGACUGAUUACACCUUUCAUAGAACAGUGCCGAAUAAAGCAGUACACGCCUAAGUAGGAUUAUGCACAUUCCGAACCAUCGCAGCGCGGAAUUGAAUGGGUUUUUUUAAAUUUCCUCACGUAUCAGUUAUAUUUGUGAGAGAGCUUCGCAUGGUUCAGUUUUGUUUGUUAUUACAUUGUACAAACGUGAUUAAACAAAUCAAACAACCCCAACCACGAUUACAGACUGAAAUAGACUUCACUCCUUCCUAUUACCCUGCAGUGUCUAAAUUAUUAGAAUUAUUUUCUUUUAUCACAGGUGACAUUUGAAGGGGUAGUUGGCAACGAUUACAGGGGUGACAUAGCAAUUGACAAUUUCUCCUUGACAGCCGGGUCUUGUGCUUUUAGUAAGUAGUUCUGAAAAAGAACUUUCUUUGCAAAGAUGGAAAAAAAAAAUAGUGGUGCCCUAUUUUUGUUAAGGAAUACUUUAUACUUGAGUUGUGGGUAUUAACGUUUGUCUUUGGGGGCAACAAAAGAUUUGCGUCGAAGGAUAAAGACCAGGAAAAGGAUUGAAACUUACUUGUUCAGAUUCUUUCAAUAUGCCCCUGAUAAUAAUUGUCGUUACAGCGCUCGUUUACUUUCCGCUUCCACGAAUCAAUAAUGCGUCUUUUUAAGCCGCAUCAACAUACGUUCCCUGACCUCAGCAGUGUUUUUAUUUCCUUUAUACAUGAUUGUUUUUAACUUAGGGACGGACCAUUAGAAAAGUUAUGGGGGGGUGGGUAGGGAAUUUUUGAGCCGCAGGAAUUUGUUUUCGUUAUGAAAUUCUUUGUAUGAAUUUUUUUAGGCCGUAGCAUGAAUAUUUUUUAGGGUUAAUUGGCGUGCAUGAAUUUUUUUUCAUUUAAUUUUUCCUUGCGCGGGGUGGCUAAGGUUAAUUCCCUUUUAGCGCUCCAAGCGUUCAGAUCGUGGGGACGGCGAGAAGAGAUGUGAGCAAAAAAAAAAAGGCAGAAAGAGGGGAGGAAGGCAGUCUAGUUAUUGUAUAAUUCGCUAUGAUUUAGUUACAUAGUAGACUCUUGACAGCCACUGAUUACAAGUGAUAUUCGACUACAAAUUUAAUUCGGUCCUUUUCCAUUUCUGCAGUUCCAAAGCAUGAAUUAUUUCGGUGCUGAAUUGUGCUCUUUCCUUUCCUUAUUCAGAUUGUUAUAGUUAUCACUUUGAAAAAUACCAAGAUUUACCAACCAGCUCAGCUCACGCUGUGGAACAUUUCACCAUCAAUGGAGAUCUGUUUCUCGCCUUCGCAAACUACAAAAGUGACACCACCGGAAAAUACAACAUAAACUCUUUCAUCUACAAGUUCAACGAUUCGACUAGGAAAUUCUCUCCUUAUCAAAACAUAAGUACAAAUGGAGGGCAAGACGUGGAAUAUUUCAAAAUUUCUGAUGAACAUUACCUUGCUGUUGCUAAUGGUUACAAUGGAGUUACCCACAGACUGAACUCUGUUAUUUAUCGUUGGAAUGGAAAAUUGUUUGUCGCUUUUCAAAACCUCACUACGCAGGGAGCAAAUGGCUUUAGUUUUUUCGUAAUAGACAAAGAACCAUUUCUUGCCGUAUCAAAUCGUUACGACGACGUUACAAAUAGUAUAAACUCUGUCAUCUACAGGUGGAAAAACAAAAGGUUUGAACUGUUUCAGGAGGUAGCAACAGACGGAAGUAGUAAGAGUGUCGCGUUUCUAAUUAAUAAUGAAAACUACAUCGCUUUUGCCAAUAACGUCAAAGAUUCAGUCGUUUACAAGUGGUCAGGGAAAAGCUUCUUCAAACUACAGACUCUUCCGAAAGCAAAUGAUUUAAAGUUCUUUAAUAUUAAUGAUAAUGCGUUUCUGACCAUCUCCUCUCCAAACGAGAACCCGUUAAUUUACCAGUGGAAUGGCACUAAGUUUCGGUUUUACCUGAUCUUUCUUAAUGCUGCAAGGUGGGGCUUGCAUCCAUUUGUGACUUGUGGCCAAAACUUUCUAGGUUUGGCUGAUCGGCACAACAAGGCAAUGUCUCCGCGGUAUAUAUAUAUGUUCUCUCAUGGCCAGUUCACAAAAUUUCAAAAGAUUUCCACCACUGGAGUGAUGGACUGA